UUUUGUUCCUUUUCUUCUUCACUGUAUUAGCGCAAAUUCUUCUGUUUACAGACUCACACCUCGCCGCCAACGCAACGGUCGUUCUGUUUGCACACCACCGUGAGUAAGCAAGUCUGAGAGAGAAGGGGUGGUUAUGGUUUCUGUGGGUUCAAAAGCAUUGCCUUCAACGGGAUUCCACAGUCGACGCAAGAGUAAGAAGCCCAAAACAGGUCCCACGUCUUCUGAUGCUACUUCCUUCGACAACAGAAAUACUCACAGGAGAAACACCUUCAGUUCUCCACCUCAACAACAACAACAACAAUACCGUUCUCAUAUUAGGAAACAAGUUGACCCCGAAACAACUAAAUACUUAUCAGAAAUCGCUAAUCUUUUCGAAAGCGAAGGUGUUGAAUUGGAGGAACGAUCACUUAUAUGUGCUAAUGCCCUAGAAGAAACUAAGGGAAAAGAAUUUGAAAUUGCAACUGAUUAUAUUCUCAGUCACACUUUGGAAACCAUUCUACAGGGAUGUGAUGUUGAUAACCUAUGUGCUUUCUUUCAGAGCAGUGCCGAUCAGUUUCCCUUUAUUGCUAUGGAUAGAUCCGGUUCUCAUGUUGCACAGACUGCCCUCAACUGUCUCGCUGAUCAUCUUCAGUAUGACGACGGCCGCCCUCUCGUCGAGGAGGCUUUAACCGUCAUAUGCAAGGUGAUUGCAGCCAAUUCUGUUGAUGUAAUGUGCAACUGCUACGGCUCCCAUGUGCUUCGGACUCUUCUUUGUCUUUGUAAAGGAGUACCAUUAGAUAAGUCUGGAUUCUAUUUGUCAAAAUCCACAACGGCACUAGCUCAACGCAUGAAUUCCAAAGACUUUUCUUCAAAGAACGAUUGUGCCACAAAUUUCCAGUCUGGGUUCCCAGAUUUGUUGAAUUUACUUGUGUCAGAGAUGUUAAAGCAUGCUAGUAAAUGCAUCAAGUCCCUACAAGUCGACCAAUUUAGCAGUUUGGUUUUUCAGACAACUCUAAGGGUGAUAGCAGGCAAUGAUGAACUGUUGUUAGAUGUCAUUCCUAUCCUUCUUGGGUGCAAGAAUAAGAACAAUGCAGAGGGGAACUUUAUUGAGAAUAAAGUAGUGCCGGAGCUCAGGAAUUUGUUAAAAGACGCCGGCUUUAGCCAUCUCAUGGAGGUUGUUUUGGAAGUGUCUCCCGCGGCCUUGUUCAAGGAACUGUUCACAAAAGUAUUCAGGAAUUCCUUGCUUGACUUAUCAUCUCAUCAACUUGGGAACUUUGUUGUUCAAGCAUUGAUUUCCCAUGCAAGCGAUCAAGAUUUGAUGGAACUGAUCUGGGAUGAACUUGGUCCAAACAUGGAGGGUCUUUUCCAAAUGGGAAGGUCAGGAGUGGUUGCUUCACUUAUUGCCGCUUGCGAAAAACUUCAUAUUAAUGAACACAAGUGCUGUGAAGCCCUUGCUAAAACACUGUGUUUAGAAGACGAGUCUUCAAAAUGGAUUGUUCCACGACUACUAUAUCUUGAUAGCUAUUUCACUUGUGAAGAUAAAUCCAAUUGGAACUGGCAAAGUGGUGCUAGAAUGCAUGUCAUGGGGUCUCUGAUCCUGCAGACAAUAUUCCGGUUUAAUAGUGAAUAUAUAAAACCUUUUAUCACCAGUAUAACAUUGAUGGACACAAAUCAUGUGCUUGAAGCGGUGAGAGAUUCAAGAGGAUCGCAUGUUAUUGAGGCUUUUCUGAUUUCAGGCGCUCCUGGGAAACAGAAGCGCAGAUUGGUUACAAAACUACAAGGGCAUUUUGGAGAGGUUGCACUCAACUCAUCAGGUGUUUUUACCAUUGAUAAGUGCUUCACUGCCUGUAAUCUGUCGCUGAGAGAGACUAUAGUGUCUGAAAUAUUGGCCGUGCGGAAUGAACUUUCAAAGACAAAGCAGGGCAUUUACCUAUUGAGGAAAUUAGAUGUUGAUGGAUUUGCUGCAAGUCCUGAUCAUUGGAGGUUAAAGCAAACAUCCAAAGAAUCUACUUAUAAAGAAUUUUAUGCUACGUUUGGCUCGAGCGAUACAAGGUCAACCAAAAAUGAUGGCUUUCUUGCUGACACUUCAAAUAAUAAUAAAUCAAAUCCAAAUAAUGUGAAGGAAAUGAGAAAAGAAAUUGACCAAUCCCUUGGUUCAUCAUUUCUGAGCUCAGAUGGCUUUAACAAAAACCAAAACAAAACAAAGCAGAAACACAAGAAAAAUGUUGAGAUUAGUGGAAAUGAAGAUAACUCUAGUAGGAAAAAGAAAAGAUCUAAGAAGGAAAAGGUUGAAAGUGGAUAUGAAGCUGCUACUGAGACUGCAAAGAAACGUGAAAGAAAUCGUGAUGUAUCUGAGACUCCUGGGAAGAAGUUGAAGACUUCAGACUAGUAGAGUGGAACACAAUUUUGUUUAUUGAGUUUUCAGAAGAAUGAUGACUUAAAUCAUGGUUAUUGAUUUUCUCUUUGCUAGUGAUUUUGUAUUAUUAACAACCUGUAGACUGUAGUAAGCGGUUAGUUGUGCAAAUUAUGGAAAAUUUUCUGACUAUUCCAGAUUCUAGAAUACAAAUAUUAUAGAUUCAAUAA